AUUACAGUUGUUUAAAAAUAAUGUCUGAAAGUUGUUGUAUGUCCAAAUAAAAAACACAACCUGCCGAUAUUUUUUUAUUUUAAAAAAGACAAAAUAAUGUUUUGCUGUUGAGGUAGACAGAAAACGUGGGAGUCUGAAAGGGAAGGAAGGAGAAGACCCGCAAAGGAAGGGUGAAAUAAGAGAAGAGUUCAAAGAGAAUGGGCAAGCACGUAAUUCAAGAACUAAAAUGUUUUUUUUUAAGACAAGAAGUGCAGUUAGUUUAAACUUUAAACUAACCGUGCAAGAAGAACAGGGAUAUAUCAUCAAAAAGGAGAGCGCAAGAAGCAAAGCUUUUUGAGACCUGAUCAUCGGAAUGUAUCACCGUAUUCCGUCGCUAAUGGAGCCGUUUCUCAGAAGAGUCUCGGCUCGUUGGCCUGUCAUCGUUCAGGCUACAACGUGGACGGUGCUCCUCAUGAUCACUGUAGCCGUGGCUUCUUUCGCUCCCGAGUUAGCUUUUGUGUCUACGGUGUCGUCUUCGUGCGGUCGAGGAGAUGGGUUCGUGAAGAUUCCGAUGGAUUUUCCGGGGGAGAGUGUGUGCGUGCCGUCUCACAUGGUGAAGAGAUCGCGUUUCGAUUUGUUCAUGCCUCCUAUUUUCGCAGCGGUUAUGGUGACGGCGUCGGCUUGUUUGAUCCGAUCGUGUUUUGGAACGGAGGAUAUGGACGAUGUAUGAAAAUUGUAAUUAAUAAUUUUUAUCGAAAAAUUGCAUAUAGAAUAAAAUGCAACGCAAAAACUA